GUCAAGAGAAUUUUUCCCCCCUUGCAGGAAAAUAAGACGAAAUAAAGCAGAUUGCGCGGUGCGAGGCGGUUAAGAGGGGGCAUCAUGGACGUGUCCAGCCACAGCCUUUUCCUCCUGCAGCAGCUCAAUGUCCAAAGGGAGUUUGGUUUCCUGUGUGACUGCACGGUUGCCAUUGGCAACGUGUAUUUCAAGGCUCAUCGAGCAGUGCUGGCUGCAUUCUCCAACUACUUCAAGAUGAUCUUCAUUCAUCAGUCCAGUGAGUGUAUUAAGAUCCAGCCAACUGACAUCCAGCCAGACAUCUUCAGCUACCUUUUGCACAUCAUGUACACAGGCAACGGUCCCAAGCAACCUGUGGAUCAGGCUCGCUUACAGGAUGGGAUCAAGUUCCUCCACGCGUACCAGCUGUGCCGCAAAGCAACAGACAAUGGAAGUGACGCCACCGCAGAUCCUAUCCGUAUAUCCAACCUGUACGGCAUCCAGAUCUCUUCCCAGCUGGGCACUAAAGAGUCCCCGGGCAUGAAGGGUACCGGAGCAAGGGAACCUGAAGACAGGCGGUGUGGCUCGCGUAGCCGUCCACUGCCAGCUUUAGCAGGGAUCGAAGGGCAUACAUCGGAGCGCCAGUCCCUCAGUGUGCGAGCCAUCACCUCCGGGGAUGAGUGUGACAUCUUGGCACGGAUCAAACAGGAAGAGGAGGAGCCAGAUGAGGGUGAGGAACCACGAGCGCCUGCAUCUUUGCCAUCAACCCAAGGGAGCCCGUGCCAGGUUGGUUUUAAGGACGGCCCUCUGGCUCUGCUGUGUCCUCAAUGUGGAGAACGAUGCCUCUCUCCUGAGGGACUUCAGGAACAUCUUUUUACCCAUGCGGCCUGCGCCCUCAUGGAGGGACCUUCUGAAGACAGCAGGGGGGACAUUAAAGGGCCAACAGAAGAGCGACAGUGCCACGUACUAGCAGACGAGUUGGCAUCAGAGCUAAGGCGAGGCACAGCAGGCACAGGAAGUCCACCUGCAGGCUUCACACGUAAAAGGAAGAUGGCAUGUGCAGUCUGCAACUUGCGCUUCUCACAGAAAAGCCAACUCCAGGAGCACAUGUUCGCCCACAUGGGAAAGCCACUGCGCCAACACCGGUAUGGGCGCUUCGGGGGAUCGCUGAUCCAUUCCAGUGAGGGAACGUCAGAAAUUGAGGACGUAGCCCAGGAUAAUGGUAGCUCGUGCUACUCCCUGGACUCAGAAGUCUCUCAUGAGAGUGUUGAUGCAGUGGCAGUAGAAUGACACCUACCCUAGGACGAUGGACAUGUUCCCUGCAUUCCAGUCAACUUUUAACACACCCUUGUAAAUUUCCACUCCUGACUUAGUUAAGUAACUACUACAUUCCACAAGUAUUUUUUUUCUUCUCUGUGAAGCGAAAUCAGCCUGCU